CGGGUAGGUCCCAUAGACAACAAGUUUAACGGGAAAAUAAAUAGCGAAUUGGCUGAAGAAUCUUCAUCCAUCCUUGCAAGCUAUAGUAUUAGGCGGCUAUAUAUUGUUAUAUCUGGUCUCAACUAAUCGUAACAAGUGGAAUCGAAACAGACGGCAUAGAGGAAGAGGAGCAAAGAAAAAUUUCCAUACUCGAUGACAUUACAUCGCAAUGUCCGAUCGUUUGGGGCAAAUAACCAAGUCCAAGGAUGGGAAAAGCAAGUACUCCUCGCUCAGUCUAUAUGACAAGUACAAGGGAAAGUCAAUAGAGAAUCAGAAAACCACAGUUGUUCCGCGACAUGGAUUGCAGAGUCUUGGAAAAGUGGCCACUGCCCGGCGCAUGCCCCCACCCGCUCACCUGCCGAGCCUGAAAUCAGAAAACAAAGGAAACGAUCCCAACGUGAUAAUUGUGCCCAAAGACGGAACAGGAUGGGCAAACAAGCAGGAACAACCCGAUCAAAAGAGUUCCACUGCAUCAACAGCACAGCUGCCGGAGUUGCAGCCGCAGCUGGCUUUACAGAAAUCUGUCUCCAAUCUUCAGAAGCCGACGCCGGUAGCCAGCCAGGAGAGCAUAAGCACAGGUGGACCAAAGCAAUGGGCACAGCUAAAUGGAACGGCAGCAGAGCACGAUGGUUCAAGGGCCUCAAACCGACUGCAGCCCUUCUCUCACGAGGAAUUUCCGACUCUGAAAGCAGCCGGAGAGCAGGACAAAGCUGGCAAGGAAAGAAGCGCCUUCGAUCCGUCGUAUGGGCCCGGACCAAGCCUCCGCCCCCAGAAUGUAACGAGCUGGAGGGAGGGAGGCGGGAGGAACCUUCAGCCCUCUGCUCUGUCCCCUGCCCUCUCUGCGGAGCCGGAGGGCAAGGCCAGCGGCGCAGCUGAAACUGUGACGCCUCCUCCCCCUUCCUCCUCUUCCUCUUCCUCCUCAUCAUCCUCCAACACCGCUACUGCCACGGCUCCAUCUCCUGAGCUGAAGGAGUCUUCACUCCGCCUAGGCCAGCCCCUCCGUCGGCCUGCUCCAUCCACCCUGCAUUACCAGCUCCACCACCCCUCUACCACCUAUCAUGACAUGCUGCCUGCCUUUAUGUGCCCUAAAGAGACUCAUGAUGCCCAGGGCUCCUCUGAACACAGCCCUGCCACUGUGGUUGCUCCAGUACGUUUUGAUGCCAGGCCUACCUUCAGACCGGUCUACCCUGCCCCAGAAUCUGUCAAUGGUGAUGUGAGGAGGGAGAAUCGCUUUAUCCGAGCGCCGCCUCGUCCUUCACCUCGGCCGAUCCGUCGGCCCGGUGAACGAGCCCCUCGUCCUGCCAUCAUUAAUCCUGAUGACCUGAAGGAUCUGGACGACUUGGACAAUGACUGUGAAGAUGGCUGGGCAGGUCUUCACGAAGAGGUGGAUUACAGCGAGAAGCUCAAAUUCAGUGAUGAUGAGGAAGAUCACUCUCCCUGUGAGAAGAAUAAGAUUUGGGGUGACUGGGAGAAUCACAGGGAGCGUCAGUCUUCUCUGAGUUCGGGAGAGGGCCCGUAUGCGCAGGAUGGCCCCGAGGAAGAGUUGUACCAGCGGCAGCAAGAGUCUCUGUCCUCCAGGAAGCCCUCCAGACUCGCUUCCUCUGACUCACAGCAUCAGCAGAAGGGUAGCAGCGCGACGGGGGAAUCUGCUGAGGAGCAGGACGAGCCUCAGCGCCAGGCGGCUCCGCGAGGGAAGUUCGUCACCGCGGACAUAUCGGAGGCCGUGGAGCGUGCCAGGCGGCGCCGUGAAGAGGAGGAACGACGGGCCCGCGAGGAGAGACUGGCCGCUUGUGCGGAGAAACUGAAAAAGCUCGAUGAGAAAUUCGGCAAGACGGAAAGGCCAGUGCGUUCUGGGGAUCCUUUGCAGAAAGAUUUGGACAGGGAGCUGUCCCAGUCUCCAGGCAAAGAAUCUUCCAGACCUCACUCAGAGGGCUGGCAGCAUGCUGUUAAGGAAGCAUCUGAUCCACCCUCAGAUCAGCCUCCCAGCCAGGACUACAGAGAUGAUAGCCCUGGUGGUUUUAACUAUCACAAUGAGGAUGAUAGUCAUGAGGCCACCUCUCCCCUCCCAGACUACAGCAGGCACCAGAAGGCCAUGCCUCCGCGCUUCCAAAAGCAGCAGCAGCAGCAGGAGCAAGUGUAUAAGGUGCCACAGUGGCAACAGUCAGGUCAUCCUACACAGUCUGGCUCUAACCACCCCCAGCGUGGAUACUACCCACCCCAUGUCCUUGGAUUUGAUCCACGUUGGAUGCUUAUGCCCCCAUACAUGGAUCCCCGCAUGACGCAAGGACGCUCUCCGGUCGAUUAUUACCCGAAUCCUGUUCAGUCGUCCGGAAUGAUGAAACCAGUAAUGCAGCAGGACCAUCUGAAUAGUCCUGGCUCUGCCUCAGAUGAGGGCUGCCAUCCCAGUAUGCACCAAGAUAGGAGAGCCCCCUCCACAGAGCCUUACCCAGUGUGGAACCAAGAUGGAUACCCACCUGCACGCAGUUUCACCCCUCCCUACCAGAGACAGCGUGAAAACACUGACAGAAGCCAGGGUGAUGACAGGAGCGAUCAGUCGUGCUCUCAGCAGGACUCUUAUGAGGAGAGGAGCAACGACCGAGUUGAAAGCCCGGCCGAGGACUUUUCACACCAGGGCUGUCGCCAGGGUAGAAACUCAGACAUUUCUCUGGGCUCUCAGAGAGAAGUUUCUCAUGAGGAAAAUCUCCUGCCCCCAUCACACAACAGGUCCCACCAGGGAGACUGCGACUACUCCAAGCCAGACCCCAAAGAAACCUCUGGCGCCCGGCACCAGAAGGAUAAUUCUGAAUCUCGUCAUGAAGUGUUUGACAGCUCUAGCAAGGACAAGGGCUAUGACUCCGAUUUCUGGAGGAAAGAUGGUGCCCUGAAGAAGGAUGGCGGCUGUCAAGCGCAGUGGUCGGACCCAGGGUCGAGCAGCAGCAGCAGUGUCAGCCAGCCGUCUGAAUCCAGUAACAGAACUUUUAGGAGGACUGGACCUAUUAAAAAGCCUGUGCUGAAGGCCCUGAAGGUUGAGGACAAAGAGAAUGAGAAGCCCAGAUCUGAGCCAGAGGAGAAGCCUGUCCCAUACAGGCUGGAGAAGGAGGUACUCACCAAUGUGUACGACCUGAAGAAAGACAGCCAGCCUUUGGCGAACAGGCGCUCUGUCUCUCCCGUUGUAGCCUCCCCUGAGGAAAAGCAGCCCAUUCCUCCCAAAGCAGAGAAAGUCUGUAACCAAAGUGAAGACACCAACAAGGAGAGCACCUGGGACAGCGCAAAGACUCAGUCCAGAGAUGUGUCGGAUAGUAGGGAGCUGACGGCACCUCGUCGCAACAACUGGAUUUUUAUUGACGAAGAGCAGGCGUUUGCAGGGGCCAGAGGGGUAGGCCGUGGGCGUGGCAGGGGCUUCAGGGAGUUCAGCUCACGGGGUGGAGGUCGUGGAGGACGAAGCGAAAACACUAGAGGAAACUUUAACAGCAGCAACAGCGGCACCCAAAGGGCAAACCGAGGCCGAGGGCCACGGGAGUUCGUCAAGACAGAGGACCUGCAAAGAGGCAAGCCUCGUCGGCGUAAUGUGAGUGAAACCCUUAGCGAGACCUCAGAGUAUGAAGAGUUGCCCAAACGCCGGCGCCAGAAAGGCACUGAGAAUGGCGAAGCCACGUAUGCUGUAACAGGUGAUGUUAAAAAGGCAGACAGGGACUCCUGGAGAUCAAACAAGGUUUACACAGAUGAUCAAGCUGCCAGUGGAGAUUCGCGGGAGAAAACCAAAACCUCCCGUGGAUUCGGGCGAUCACUGCCUCCCCGCCUUAAUACUGGAUAUAACCGUGGGUUUGGAUCAAAAGACAUUUCUACUUGGAGAGGUAGAGGAACCCAGUUCGGAAAUGGAGGUGGAUCUGUGCAAGAAAAUGGGUAUGGCCUUGGUGUGGAGCCUUACAAUAGGAGACCAACCGAGCGUGAGCCCCCAAAGUAUGCCCAGAAGUUCUCAGGAUCAUUCAUGGAGAAUGGAGUAGAGGACAGAUCAGGAGAAGGCGACUACUAUAUCGACAAUGACAAUCCUGAUAACCGACCCUUACGAAGAAGACGUCCCCCGCGGCAGGACAAACCUCCACGCUUCAGGCGGCUCCGUCAAGAGCGAGAACCAGGGGGACAGUGGAACAGCGAAGAGUACGUCAACGGAGACUUCUCCAAUCCUUGGCCUGGUCGUGCAAAGACAAGUGAAGAUAACUGGCCCAGUCAGUAUUCUGGUGGGAGAUCUCACGACUUUGGUGGGCAGCGUCAAGCCGAGGACUGGGAAACUGGCUCGGAGAACAGUGACUUCAAUGACUGGAGAGAGAAGCGUGGAGGCAGCAGCCAGCAGGGAGAAGUACCUGCGGACUCAGUCCACGGCGAAUCAGGCAGCGGAGAGAAGAGAGAGCUUUCUAAGCGAAGCUUCUCUAGCCAGCGCCCCCUGGUUGACAGGCAGAACCGUAAGGGAGAUCCGGGGAUCUUGGAGGGCAACAAGAUGUCUCGUUCAGCAGAAACUCCAAAUGCAAGCUCUUCAAACAGAAACGAGAGCUGGCAGAAUGGAGUAUCCUCAAAUUGCAAAAGGAGUCCAGAUGAUGCGACUUCAGGCCUGAGCUCUGGGUCUGUGUACAGCGUGGAGCAGUCUGAGGAGGCCCUGCAGGCGAGCGCUAUGGAAGGCUCGGGGAAGAUGGAGAAGGACCUGAAGGCCAGGACCAUGAAGGGGGAAAUGUCAGAGCCCCUUUCUCAGUACGACCUGAAUAGUUACCCAAUUGAGGGUGAUGCAGGAGCAUCUAGCACAGAGGGAUUUCAAGAUGCCUUGUCCAAAAAACAGCUGCGCCCACACGAGGAGGAGCGCAGGAGGAAGGAGCAAGGAGCAGCUGUGGCCGUGAAAAACCGAUCAGUGGCUUCGAAAAUGCCUCCCCGCUUUGCUAAAAAGCAGGGGAGCAUGUCCAUUGAGCAGCCAGAGGAGGCGCUGUCCACCGGCAAUCUUGGCACAGAAAUCUGGGAGACCAACAGCAGCACUCUCACUGUUCAGUCGUCUGGGGGUGACUCGUGGUCGAAACAAGUGUCCUACACAGGGAGUGAGCCAAACUCAGAGGUGUUUAAGGGGACACUGACUGACAGUGGCAUUGACUUGAGCACUGAGUCUCAGGGGUCCUCUGCCGACUCCUCCCAAAGAAGUUCCCCUUACUGUACCCACAAGCCAGAGGAAACCAAGGGGUGCACCCCACCCCAGCCCAAACACGAUGAGCUCAAAGGGCUUCCGCCCUGUCAGACGGAAAAGGACUCUGACGCUGGACCCGAGCAGAGUAAGGAACACAAACCGGGCCCGAUCGGGAACGAGCGCUCGCUUAAGAACCGCAAGGGUUCUGAAGGUGUGGAACGUCUGGACAGGCCCCUCACACCCGUCAAUGGAGUGGACAUCCACGUGGACAAUGUCAUCCCUGUGCCACCCAUUGAGUUUGGGGUCAGCGCCAAAGACUCAGACUUUAGCCUGCCCCCGGGAUCCACACCGGUGCCCGUCUCCAACCCUGUCACCAAACUGCAGGACGCACUGGCCAGCAAUGCGACUCUUACUCAAGCCAUCCCAAUGUUGCGCAGAGACCACCUCCAGCCAGGCAUCAACCUCAACCCCAUUUCUUUCCCCAGCACAGACCUCACUCUUAAGAUGGAGUCUGCUCGGAAAGCCUGGGAGAACUCGCAGUCUCUGCCCGAGCAGGGCUCGCCUGGUGGGGCAGGCUCUGGCACGCAGCCUCCCUGCAGCGCCGGCUCCUCCAGCGGAGUCAGUUACAGCUCCUUCGGAGGAGUGUCCAUGCCUCCCAUGCCUGUCGCCUCUGUCGCCCCCUCUGUCUCCAUGCAAGGUAAUCACAUCCCCCCUCUUUAUCUAGAUGGUCACGUCUUUCCAAGUCAACCCCGCCUCGUCCCUCCAGCCAUGACCCAACAACAGAGCUACCAGCAAGCUGCGGCUGCCCAGCAGAUCCCUAUCUCCCUGCACACCUCUCUGCAGGCACAGGCCCAGCUUGGUCUCAGGGGCGGCCUUCCUGUCUCUCAGUCCCAGGAGAUGUUCAACUCCAUCCCGCCUUUCAGAUCCCAGGUUUACAUGCACCCAAACCUGUCUCAGCCUAACCCCAUGGUGCUCUCUGGAGGGGCUCCACUCAAAGGACCCUACUCUGCCUUCCCAGGCAUGCAGCCCUCAGAGAUGGUCAAGCCCCAGUCCGGAUCCCACUACCAGCCCAUUAAUGGUAGCCAGCCCCUGGUCUACGACAGCCCAAUGAACCAGGCCCCUGGCAUGGGCACUUCUCAGCUCAUGGACUCUCAGCUCAUCCAGGUGACCAUGCCCCUGCCUGGCUCUCAGCUGCGGUACGGCUCUGCUCAGCAGCACCUGAUCCUCCCCCAGUCAAUCCAGCUCCAGCAAGGCCAGAACCUGCCUGUCGGAGCCCCUCCCCGCAGAAUGAUGCCCCCUGGAUCCCAGCCCCCGGUCAUGACCGCCAGCAGAGAGCCCCCGCAGAUGGAGAUGAAAGGGUUCCAGUUCUCAGACAAGCCCAGUCACUCUCCAGGGAUACCUGGUGGCUCCUACAGGCCUGGUUCGGCGAGCCCUAGCGGAAAGCCAUCUGGACCCCAGGCUGUCGGCCCUCUUCCUGGACAUUACACACAGCAGGUCCCUACCCCUCAGGGCAGCAUGGUGAUGCACAUGCGACCUCCCACCACCGGGCCCUUCCCCAACCCCAUCCAGCGUCCAGUCAUGCCAGUCAGCAAGACCGUCAUCAUCCGCUCUCCUCCUUACCCCAGCCCUGGGCGAGAGCCACCUCACUCUACGCCCCCGUCCAACCCCGAGCCCGCCGCCAAGGGGCCUGAGGAGGGCAUGAAGGUGAAAGCCCUUCGGGAUGCUCGACAGGCGGUGGGUGAGGGGAAGACGCCCUCGGUGGUAAUGCCUACCAAGCUGCAGGAACCCCUCCCUACGGGACAGGUCAAACCAGCCCGCACUGGAGCCAUCAAACCUCAGUCUGUCAAAAUCGAGGAAGGCAAAGCCUAACACGCUCGUGUCGUCAUUCUCCAUCCCGCUGUGGCAAGAUUUCUGUCGUCUCCAGACAUCCGUAGGACCAUUCUUCUUCCUUUCUUCAGCCCACUUCGGUCACCAGGGCAACCAGCUGAGGAGUGGGCUACUGUACCAACUCCAAAACGAUUCUGAGUCAGACACUUAUAAAACACCACAUAUAGAGAUAUAUAAA